GAGUGGCACGGCUGGAGACGACCCGGCCUCCAGGGCAUGCUCAUGCCACUCCACUGAGCAUAGGUGGUCACCGAGGGCUUCGCAUCCUGGGGACGAAUCCUGAGCUUGCCAGAGACGGACGUCGCAAGGUCCGGCCUCUGUUUCCCCGUGAGGAGCAGCCUCGGCCCACCGAGAUGUCCCGGCACCACAGUCGCUUCGAAAGAGAUUACCGGGUGGGCUGGGACCGCCGCGAGUGGAGCGCCAAUGGGACGCACGGGACCACCAGUGUCUGCAGUGCCACCGCCAGCGGGGCCGGGGGAGCUACGGCCAGCAGCCUUAGUGCUCGGCCCGGGCUCUUGCCACUACCCGUGGUGCCCUCCAGGCUGCCCACGCCUGCCACAGCCCCUGCCCCCUGCACCACCGGCAGCGGGGAGGCCAUCACCAGCCUCGUGGCCAGCUCCACUUCUGCUGUCACCACCAAGGCUCCCGGCAUCUCCAAAUCGGACAAUCCUUCCCAGGGCCUCACCACCAGCAUCCGGUGGGGACAGACGCCCAUCAACCAGUCCACGCCCUGGGACACAGACGAGCCGCCGUCCAAGCAGAUGCGGGAAAGCGACAACCCAAGCACUGGGCCAUGGGUGACCACGGUGGCCGCCGGGAGCCAGCCCACCCUGAUCGCACACUCCUACGGUGUGGCCCAGCCUCCCACCUUCAGCCCGGCAGUGAAUGUGCAGGCUCCGGUUAUUGGGGUGACCCCCUCGCUGCCUCCCCACGUGGGGCCCCAGCUCCCACUGAUGCCAGGCCACUACUCGCUCCCACAGCCUCCAGCCCAGCCACUGAGCAGCGUGGUGGUGAACAUGCCAGCCCAGGCGCUGUACGCCAGCCCACAACCCCUGGCCGUGUCCACUCUGGCCAGUGUGGGGCAGGUAGCCCGCCCAGGACCCACUGCCGUGGGUAACGGCCACAUGGCGGGGCCCCUGAUGCCUCCACCGCCAACAGCCCAGCCGUCUGCCACCCUCCCCAGUGGGGCCCCUUCUACCAACGGGCCCCCCUCCACUGACUCGGCCCAUGGGCUGCAGAUGCUUCGCACCAUCGGCGUGGGGAAGUAUGAAUUCACCGACCCCGGGCACCCCAAAGAAAUGUUGAAGGAAUUGAACCAGCAGCGCAGAGCGAAAGCGUUUACAGACCUGAAAAUUGUUGUUGAAGGCAGAGAGUUUGAAGUCCACCAAAAUGUUCUAGCUUCCUGCAGCUUGUAUUUCAAGGACCUGAUUCAAAGGUCCGUGCAGGACGGCGGCCAGGGCAGCCGAGAGAAGCUGGAACUCGUCCUAUCCAACCUGCAGGCGGAUGUCCUGGAGCUGCUGCUAGAGUUCGUCUACACGGGCUCACUGGUCAUUGACUCGGCCAAUGCCAAGACGCUGCUGGAGGCGGCCAGCAAAUUCCAGUUCCACACUUUCUGCAAAGUCUGUGUGUCCUUCCUUGAAAAGCAGCUGACGGCCAGCAACUGCCUGGGAGUGCUGGCCAUGGCUGAGGCCAUGCAGUGUAGCGAGCUCUGCCACAUGGCCAAGGCCUUCGCGCUGCAAAUCUUCCCCGAGGUGGCGACCCAGGACGAGAUCCUCAGCAUCUCCAAGGAAGACUUCAUCGCCUACAUCUCCAACGACAGCCUCAACACCAAGGCAGAGGAGCUGGUGUAUGAGACUGUCAUCAAGUGGAUCAAAAAGGACCCCGCAUCUCGAGCAAAGCAUGCCGCCGAGCUGCUAGCCGUCGUGCGUCUGCCCUUCAUCCACCCCAGCUACCUACUCAACGUGGUGGACAACGAGGAACUCAUCAAGUCGUCGGAGGCGUGCCGGGACCUUGUCAACGAGGCCAAGCGCUAUCACAUGCUGCCACAUGCUCGCCAGGAGAUGCAGACACCCCGCACACGGCCCCGCCUCUCGGCAGGCGUGGCUGAGGUCAUUGUUUUGGUUGGUGGCCGUCAGAUGGUGGGCAUGACCCAACGCUCACUGGUGGCCGUCACCUGCUGGAACCCUCAGAACAACAAGUGGUACCCCCUGGCCUCACUGCCUUUCUAUGACCGCGAGUUCUUUAGCGUUGUGAGUGCCGGGGACAACAUCUACCUCUCAGGUGGGAUGGAGUCGGGGGUGACGCUAGCCGAUGUCUGGUGCUACAUGUCUCUGCUGGAUAACUGGAACCUCGUGUCCAGAAUGACAGUCCCCCGAUGCCGGCACAACAGCCUGGUCUACGAUGGGAAGAUCUACACACUGGGAGGACUGGGCGUGGCAGGCAACGUGGAUCAUGUGGAGAGGUAUGACACCAUCACCAACCAGUGGGAGGCGGUGGCCCCGCUGCCCAAGGCUGUGCACUCGGCAGCUGCCACUGUGUGUGGAGGAAAGAUCUAUGUCUUCGGGGGCGUGAACGAGGCAGGCCGGGCUGCGGGUGUGCUCCAGUCCUACGUCCCACAGACCAACACGUGGAGCUUCAUCGAGUCCCCGAUGAUCGACAACAAGUAUGCGCCAGCUGUCACCCUCAACGGCUUCGUCUUCAUCCUGGGUGGUGCCUACGCCAGAGCCACGACCAUCUACGACCCCGACAAAGGCAACAUUAAGGCGGGCCCCAACAUGAAUCACUCCCGCCAGUUCUGCAGCGCGGUGGUGCUGGACGGCAAGAUCUAUGCCACAGGGGGGAUCGUGAGCAGCGAGGGGCCCGCCCUGGGCAACAUGGAAGCCUACGAGCCUGCCACCAACUCAUGGACCCUGCUCCCGCACAUGCCCUGCCCGGUGUUCAGACACGGCUGCGUAGUGAUCAAGAAAUACAUCCAGAGUGGCUGACAGCUGCGGGGGGCACGCCAGGGCCCACGGGGGCCAGGCGUCUGCCACUCACCACCACCACCCACAUUCAGUACCCACCGCGGCCGACCCGCACACUCCAGGGACCCCCUGCCACGAUUUGAAUUCUCUCUACACUGAAUGUAGAAAAAAAUCAUCCUCGCCUUUCCAGGCUUGGGGAGAUGCGGGGUGGGCAGUGAGGCUUGGAGCCCUGCCCUUCCCACCCUCCUAGCAAGUGGGGCUCUUGGGGGGCCUGCACCGAACUUGCUCUGAACGGAGGGGCUCACUCUGCCCGGUGCAAUAGAGUUUCACAUAUUUUCAACUGGGAGAGAGAAGCUGUUUUUUUUUUCCUUCCCGCAGAGCAAGCUUGCUCCCCGCAGCCCAGCCGCAAACCACUUCUCCUAGGACAACAGUAGGCGUCAGGCUCUCUUGACAUCAGAUCAAAGUGUCCUUACCACUUUGAUUAUCCUUCUUUGGUUUUUUUAGCCAGUCAACACGACACUGUCCAUGGUGGAGAGGAAGCAAGGACCACGCAGCAGCCCCCCGCGGGGGGCACCCCAGAUGCGGGUCAUGCCAGCUGCUGUCAGGCAUGCCAGGCGCUCUAGGACCUCAGGCCACGACUGUGUAUGCGUGCGUCCGUCAGUCCUUCCCAGGGUUUUCUUAAAGGUGUUUUGGUCGGAGAAGGAUAAGGGGGUGGUUCUGGCUUCUUCUGAUCCACUAUGAAUGAUUCAGAUUUCCAAGGCAUUUUCUUGCUGAACAAAAGGCUAUUUUUCAGUACAAAAGGGGGGGGCAGCCACGAAGCAGAAGGUGGUGGGGAGCCCCCCCACAUACAGCUCUUUGCAGGCAGUGCCAGAGGUGGGAGGCACUUUUCUCUAAUUUUUCUAUGUGCAGAAUAGAGGAUCUCUCCUGGAGGGGGGAGGAAGGGAGUGACAUCCCUUUCCAGCCCCCAUUUUAUUUUUUAGUAAAAGUGA